AUGCUGUGCUUUUACAUUCUUACUAUAAUAACAUUCAUUGCAGUUGAUGCUUUAUCAUUUGCUGGGCAACGAUCAUAUGGGUCAAUGAUUUUCCACAUGACUGGACGUGCUCCAACAGAUUAUGAGAAUUACGGAUGUUGGUGCCGCACAGGAAGUAAACCAGAGAGAUAUGUUGAUGAUGUAGAUCUAUGCUGCAAAUUUCGUUUCCAUUGUUAUGAUGUAGCUCUCCAAUCAUCUAAAUGUAAUGGAAUCGCUGCAGAAUAUUCCAUUCAACUGGAUAGAUCAAUUAAGUGCAUUGAUUAUAAUGAAACUUGUGCUUAUGAACUGUGCAUAUGUGAUAAACAAGCAGUUGAAUGUUUUAAGAAGAAUUUAGAUAAAAUUAAUGAUACUUUUUUUAAUUUACCGAAAAAGGAAUGUCGAUUCGAACAAGAAAAUACAACAACCACUGAUGUCCUAUGUCAAAAAGCAAAAUGGAAUUCCAGUGGAAUAACUGUUGCCACUGGAGAAGGAAUAUUUAGCAUAUUUGUUGAUGUCAAUAACAAUAUAUAUACAGCCCAAGCAGAUUUUUAUAACCAGCGUGUGUUUAAAAAUAGUUCCGAUGGUAAAACUGUAUAUCAGGUAGUUGACUUUGAGGAAGUGCAAUCAGCAACUAACUGGAGAGAUCAGUUUCGUUAUCCAACAGCUCUUUUUGUAGAUAACAUGGAAAAUUUGUAUGCUAUAAGCAGUUUGGGAAGUCGCAUGCAGUCAGUAAUGAAUGGAAAGCCACCAAAUGGAUUUGAAAAUAUUGUAACUUACUAUGGAUACACAGUUGAAAAACUGACAAGAGGUUCUACUAAACAAGUUCGGGUAGCAGAACUUAAAAAUGCCUUGAGGAUUGUCCGUUAUAGACGUUCGAUUUCAAGAUAA